AUGUCUAUAAAGAAUGGUUCCAUGGAUGUAAUUGUGAAUACAAUCAAGGACUUUACUACUGAUCCUUGGGUAAGAUUACUGGUACUCAUGAGACGUUCACAGUCGGCCAAGAAUCGAACGCUACUCCACUACGACAUCAAUGUUUGUAAAAUUUUGGGUAGACAGCAGACCAAUUUCCUGUCCACAUGGCUGCAGAAUUAUUUUCGUUUGGGCAAUAUGCCUUCGGAAUGUCCUAUUAGGAAGGGCAACUACUCCUGGUGCAAUCUCAGGCCGGAGAUGUUAAGCAUGCCAAUGUUCUUUUCCAAGGGACAAUAUAUAGGUGGAGCCAAUAUUUAUUUUCGCAAGAGAGGGAUAAAGAAUUCCAUAGCUAAUCUUACGACAAUAAUGGAAAUAAAGUGA